UUGUAUUUGUAUUUUUCUCUUAAUUUCGUUAAUUUUCAAUCUGCAAAGCAGGAGAGGAGGAAGCCGGUGGUGGCGUCACCUUCUCUCUGCAAAUCUCUCUUCCACAUCUUUACUGCACAGUACACACUGCUCCCUAUAUUUUUGUUCGUCUUCUCUUCACUGCGCCGCGCCGCUGUCUCGUCUGCAUCCCCGCUCUCGCAACACUGCUUCUGCUCCGAUCUCCACCCGCUCGCCGGCGUCGAGGCAUCAAAAUCGUUGGGACGAAUGCUUGGGUCCCGCUCUUGUGUAUCGUGCUGAAGUUAAAGAAUGCAACAAUUGAUACAAAGUGCUCCAGCUGAUGUGCUUGGUUUCUCCGAGUGAACCACCUAAUUUGCUUGAAUGUCUAAAUCAAAAGGGACAACAAUGGGGCUCACUCACCGAAGUGGAUUUUCCAGGAGAACAAACGACACUACUAGGCUCAUUAUUACAGCACUUCUAGGAGUUAUCUUUGGAUUCUUUAUUGGUGUCUCAUUUCCAUCUGAUUCCCUUUCUAAGAUUCACAUCCCUUCUGGGAUCAGAAAUCGUUAUGAUUCGGCAUCAAUUGAUGCCAGAAGAUCUAAAACGGGCGAACCUGAAAAUCGCGAGUCGUACAACAUCCCUAAGAUUUAUGUUCCAACAAAUCCCCGUGGCGCAGAGUCGUUACCCCCAGGAAUCGUUGAGGCAGAAACUGACCUUUACUUGCGGCGAUUAUGGGGUGAACCUAGUGAGGAUCUCAAGAAGAAACCAAAGUACUUGGUGUCCUUCACAGUUGGCUGGGAUCAGAGGCAUAACAUAGAUGCAGCAGUUAGAAAGUUUUCAGAUGAGUUCACAAUUGUUCUAUUCCACUAUGAUGGUCGGGCUACUGAAUGGGAUGUGUUUGAGUGGUCAAAAACUGCAAUUCAUAUCAGUGUGAAAAGGCAAACAAAAUGGUGGUAUGCUAAAAGAUUUUUGCACCCAGACGUUAUUGCGCCAUACGAAUAUAUCUUCAUUUGGGAUGAAGAUCUUGGAGUGGAACAUUUUAAUGCAGACAAGUACAUUCACUUGGUUAAAAAGCAUGGGCUAGAGAUCUCUCAACCAGGUCUUGAACCCAAUAAUGGUCUCACGUGGCAGAUGACAAAACGGAGAGGUGACCGCGAAGUUCACAAGAAUACAGAGGAGAAACCAGGCUGGUGCAGUGACCCACAUUUACCUCCAUGUGCUGCCUUUGUGGAAAUCAUGGCGCCUGUGUUUUCUCGUAAUGCUUGGCGAUGUGUGUGGCAUAUGAUCCAGAACGAUUUGGUCCAUGGAUGGGGAUUGGAUUUUGCUCUGAGAAGAUGUGUAGAGCCUGCACACGAGAAAAUCGGUGUCGUUGAUUCACAGUGGAUCGUACAUCAAGUAAUUCCCUCUCUGGGGAGCCAGGGCAAGUCUGAGAACGGAAAAGCGCCAUGGGAAGGGGUGAGAGCAAGGUGUAAGAGCGAAUGGGCCAUGUUCCAGGAGCGCCUCCUCCGUGCUGAUAAAGCAUACUUCUUGAGCAGCACGAGCCGAUCUGCAACUGCCGACAAGGGAUACUUGGCUCGCUUGAAGGGUGUCAAAAACUGAACCUCCAAAUGUUAGUGUCGUCGUUUCUUGGGGAAGGAGUCAGUCUGCUAACUACUUCUGUAGCUACAUUUCCCUGCGUCUGGCUCACCUCGGCCGCUGCCACACCAUUUCUGUGGUGUAAAGGGGGGAUCAGAGGAACAUCAUAUUUUCCAUCUCACCCUGCGUGAGAUCCUGAGAUGCUCUCUCGCCCUGCCCCUCGCGAGCCUGUAUUUUGUACAUUCCGAUUUGUUUAUUGUAUACACCAAGUAGUAGGCUCAUCUCGCUCGCGCGCUCUUGAUGUAGUAGUCCACUUUUGGAAGAGAGAUCGUUCAUACUCCGGUUUCCCUGCCGAUAUCAUCAUCACUCAUGUUUGAUACUCUUGAACAUAUUCUAAGAGCAGAAAUUUUUUUGUUGAUAACUUGCUUUGCUUUGCUUUGCUUCUCCGCCUGUAGCCUCUCCAUUGUUUAAAAUUCAGGUUUGUAGUUCUUGAACUAUCUUGCGUCGCAAUACCGCAACAACGCUGGAGAAGGACGUUUAUGGCAAGUCCUACUGGUAUCAAGUCAGGGUCAGUGUUCUUGUUGAAGUGUAGCCAACGAAGAAUCUAAUAGUAUA